GGCCGCGGGGGGAACGGACGCGUGUCGGUGAGAACCAGAGCCAUGCCGCGCCGGGGCCUCGUGGCCGGGCCGGAUUUUGAGUAUUUCCAGCGUCGGUAUUUCACGCCCGCGGAGGUGGCGGAACAUAACCACUCGGAAGACCUGUGGGUGUCUUACCUGGGACACGUGUAUGACUUAACGCCGCUGGCACGGGAGUUCAAGGGGAGCCUCCUGCUGAAACCUAUCCUGGAAGUGGCGGGCCAGGACAUUAGCCACUGGUUCGAUCCAAAGACCGGAGAUAUACGAAAGCAUGUAGAUUCGCUGACUGGUUGCCUAAGAUACCGCACCCCGCGGGGCCGCUGCGUGCACAUUCCGCCUCCGCUGCCCCGCUCCGACUGGGCCAAUGAUUUCGGGACGCCCUGGUGGAAGGGGUCGAAUUACGAGGUGGGGCGGCUCUCGGCCAAGACCCGGAACAUCCGGAUCAUUAACACUCUCACGUCGCAGGAGCACACACUGGAGGUGGGCGCUCUGGAGUCAAUGUGGGAAAUCCUGUACCGCUAUCUUCCCUAUAAUGCACAUGCUGCCAGCUACACAUGGAAACAUGAUGGGAAAAACCUGAACAUGGAUUAUACUCUGGAAGAAAAUGGGAUUCGGGAUGAAGAGGAAGAAUUUGACUGUCUUGGAAUGUUUGAUAAGGAUGACAUUCGGCUGCUGCCUUCAGCAUUGGGUGUGAAGAAGAGAAAGCGAGGACCCAAGAAGCAGAAGGAGAACAAGCCAGGCAAACCCCGGAAACGCAAGAGGCUUGACAGUGAGGAGGAAUUUGGCUCCGAGCGAGAUGAGUACCGGGAGAAGUCGGAGAGUGGGGGCAGCGAGUAUGGCGCUGGACCAGGUCGGAAACGCAGGCGGAAGCACCGGGAAAAAAAAGAAAAGAAGACCAAGCGAAGGAAAAAGGGGGAGGCAGAUGGAGGGCAGAAGCAGGUGGAACAGAAGUCAUCAGCUACUCUGCUUCUGACCUGGGGCCUGGAGGAUGUGGAACACGUGUUCUCUGAGGAGGAUUACCACACUCUCACCAACUACAAAGCCUUCAGCCAAUUCAUGAGGCCCUUGAUUGCUAAGAAGAACCCUAAGAUCCCAAUGUCUAAGAUGAUGACCAUCCUUGGGGCCAAGUGGAGAGAGUUCAGCGCCAACAACCCCUUCAAGGGGUCAGCAGCUGCUGUGGCGGCGGCAGCGGCGGCGGCGGCGGCGGCUGUAGCUGAGCAAGUGUCAGCUACUGUCUCAUCAGCUGCCCCCAUAACUCCUUCUGGACCCUCUUCCCUUCCACUACCCCCUGCUGCUGACACCCGGCCCCUGCCCAUCCGCAGAGCCAAAACCAAAGAGGGCAAAGGUCCAGGCCAUAAGAGGCGGAGUAAGAGCCCCCGAGUACCCGAUGGUCGCAAGAAGCUUCGGGGAAAGAAGAUGGCACCACUCAAAAUCAAACUGGGACUGCUGGGUGGCAAGAGGAAGAAGGGUGGCUCGUACGUUUUUCAGAGUGAUGAGGGACCUGAACCAGAGGCUGAGGAGUCAGACCUGGACAGCGGCAGUGUACAUAGUGCCUCAGGCCGGCCUGAUGGCCCUGUCCGUGCCAAGAAACUAAAGCGAGGCCGACCGGGAAGGAAGAAGAAGAAGGUCUUGGGCUGUCCUGCAGUGGCCGGGGAGGAGGAGGUUGACGGCUACGAGACGGAUCACCAGGAUUACUGUGAGGUGUGCCAGCAGGGUGGGGAGAUUAUUCUGUGUGACACCUGCCCUCGUGCCUACCACCUCGUCUGCCUUGAUCCUGAGCUUGACCGAGCUCCUGAGGGCAAAUGGAGCUGCCCCCACUGUGAGAAGGAGGGGGUGCAGUGGGAGGCCAAGGAGGAGGAAGAAGAAUAUGAAGAGGAGGGAGAAGAAGAAGGAGAAAAGGAGGAAGAGGAUGAUCAUAUGGAGUAUUGCCGUGUGUGCAAGGACGGUGGGGAGCUCCUGUGUUGUGAUGCUUGCAUCUCCUCCUACCACAUCCACUGUCUGAACCCUCCCUUGCCUGACAUCCCCAAUGGUGAAUGGCUGUGUCCACGAUGCACAUGUCCUGUGCUAAAGGGUCGUGUUCAGAAAAUCCUGCAUUGGCGGUGGGGAGAGCCACCUGUGGCAAUGCCAGCCCCACAACAGGCAGAUGGAAAUCCAGAUGUUCCACCUCCCCGGCCUCUUCAGGGCAGAUCCGAGCGAGAGUUCUUUGUCAAGUGGGUAGGACUUUCCUACUGGCACUGCUCCUGGGCCAAGGAGCUUCAGCUGGAAAUCUUCCACUUGGUAAUGUACCGAAACUACCAGCGGAAGAAUGACAUGGACGAGCCCCCUCCCCUGGACUACGGCUCGGGUGAGGAUGACGGGAAGAGUGACAAGCGCAAGGUAAAAGAUCCACACUACGCAGAAAUGGAGGAGAAGUACUACCGUUUUGGCAUCAAGCCAGAGUGGAUGACUGUCCACCGUAUCAUCAACCACAGUAUGGAUAAAAAGGGGAAUUACCACUAUCUUGUGAAAUGGAGGGACUUGCCUUAUGACCAGUCUACGUGGGAAGAAGAUGAAAUGAACAUCCCUGAAUAUGAAGAUCAUAAGCAAAGCUACUGGAGACAUCGAGAGCUAAUUAUGGGGGAGGACCCUGCCCAGCCCCGCAAAUACAAGAAGAAAAGGAAGGAGCUCCAGGGUGAUGGGCCUCCAGGUUCUCCUACUAAUGACCCUACAGUGAAAUAUGAGACUCAGCCACGGUUCAUCACAGCCACAGGAGGCACACUGCACAUGUACCAGCUGGAAGGGCUGAAUUGGCUGCGCUUCUCGUGGGCCCAGGGCACUGACACGAUUUUGGCUGAUGAGAUGGGGCUGGGCAAGACCAUCCAAACCAUUGUCUUCCUGUACUCUCUCUAUAAGGAGGGCCACACAAAAGGUCCCUUCCUGGUGAGUGCCCCCCUCUCUACCAUCAUUAACUGGGAGCGGGAGUUCCAGAUGUGGGCACCCAAGUUCUAUGUGGUCACAUACACGGGUGACAAGGACAGCCGGGCCAUUAUUCGAGAGAAUGAGUUCUCCUUUGAAGAUAAUGCCAUCAAAGGUGGAAAGAAAGCUUUUAAGAUGAAGAGGGAGGCGCAGGUGAAGUUCCACGUCCUCCUGACAUCAUAUGAGCUGAUCACCAUUGACCAGGCAGCGCUCGGCUCCAUCCGCUGGGCCUGCCUUGUGGUGGAUGAAGCCCAUCGACUCAAGAAUAACCAGUCCAAGUUUUUCAGGGUCCUUAAUGGCUACAAGAUAGAUCAUAAAUUAUUGCUGACAGGAACCCCGCUGCAGAAUAAUCUGGAGGAGCUCUUCCACCUUCUGAACUUCCUUACCCCAGAGAGGUUCAACAACUUGGAGGGCUUCCUGGAAGAGUUUGCUGACAUAUCCAAAGAAGACCAGAUUAAGAAACUGCAUGACUUGCUGGGGCCACACAUGUUGCGGAGGCUCAAGGCGGAUGUCUUCAAGAACAUGCCAGCUAAGACAGAGCUCAUUGUUCGAGUGGAGCUGAGCCCCAUGCAGAAGAAAUAUUACAAGUACAUCCUGACUCGAAAUUUUGAGGCUUUGAAUUCACGAGGCGGUGGGAACCAAGUGUCACUACUUAACAUCAUGAUGGACCUUAAGAAGUGCUGCAAUCACCCGUACCUCUUUCCUGUGGCUGCUAUGGAAUCCCCGAAGCUCCCCAGUGGAGCAUAUGAGGGUGGGGCACUUAUUAAGUCCUCGGGGAAGCUCAUGCUGCUGCAGAAGAUGCUACGGAAGCUGAAGGAACAAGGACACAGAGUGCUCGUCUUCUCACAGAUGACCAAGAUGCUGGACUUGCUGGAAGACUUCUUGGACUAUGAGGGCUACAAGUACGAACGCAUUGAUGGUGGCAUCACUGGUGCACUGAGGCAGGAGGCAAUUGAUCGAUUUAAUGCUCCUGGGGCCCAACAAUUCUGCUUCCUCCUGUCUACUCGAGCUGGGGGCCUAGGCAUCAACCUGGCCACUGCUGAUACCGUCAUCAUCUUUGAUUCUGACUGGAACCCCCAUAAUGACAUCCAGGCCUUCAGCAGAGCUCAUCGGAUUGGCCAGGCCAACAAAGUGAUGAUUUACCGGUUUGUGACCCGUGCAUCUGUGGAAGAACGAAUCACCCAGGUGGCCAAGAGGAAGAUGAUGCUGACGCACCUGGUGGUGCGGCCCGGGCUGGGCUCCAAGGCCGGCUCCAUGUCCAAGCAGGAGCUGGACGACAUCCUCAAGUUCGGUACCGAGGAGCUGUUCAAGGAUGAAAAUGAAGGGGAGAAUAAGGAGGAGGACAGCAGUGUGAUCCACUAUGACAACGAAGCCAUCACUCGGCUGCUGGACCGUAAUCAGGAUGCCACUGAGGACACUGAUGUGCAGAACAUGAAUGAAUACCUCAGUUCCUUCAAGGUGGCACAGUAUGUUGUCAGAGAAGAAGACAAGAUUGAGGAGAUUGAGCGAGAGAUCAUCAAGCAGGAGGAGAACGUGGAUCCAGACUACUGGGAAAAGCUGCUGAGGCACCACUAUGAGCAGCAGCAGGAAGACCUAGCCCGGAACCUAGGCAAAGGAAAGCGGGUUCGAAAGCAGGUUAACUACAAUGAUGCUGCUCAGGAGGACCAAGAUAACCAGUCGGAGUACUCGGUGGGGUCCGAGGAAGAGGACGAAGACUUUGACGAGCGUCCUGAAGGGCGUCGGCAGUCUAAGAGGCAGCUCCGAAACGAAAAAGACAAGCCUCUGCCUCCAUUGCUGGCUCGAGUUGGGGGGAACAUUGAGGUAUUGGGAUUCAAUACCCGACAGCGAAAGGCCUUCCUUAACGCUGUGAUGCGCUGGGGCAUGCCUCCCCAGGAUGCCUUCUCCACUCAGUGGCUGGUGCGGGACCUGAGGGGCAAGACUGAGAAGGAGUUUAAAGCCUAUGUGUCUUUGUUCAUGCGACACCUGUGUGAGCCUGGGGCAGACGGCUCUGAAACUUUUGCUGAUGGAGUCCCUCGGGAGGGAUUGAGUCGCCAGCAGGUGUUGACCCGCAUUGGAGUCAUGUCUCUCGUCAAGAAGAAGGUGCAAGAGUUUGAGCACAUCAAUGGGCGCUGGUCAGUGCCGGAGCUGAUGCCCGAGCCAAGUGCCGACUCCAAGCGCUCCUCCAGGGCCUCCUCUCCGACCAAAACGUCCCCCACCUCGCCUGAGGCUUCUGCGGCCAACAGUCCUUGCACCUCUAAACCGGCUACGCCCGCUCCAAGUGAGAAAGGAGAUGGUAUAAGAUUGCCACUUGAGAAGGAUGACACGGAAAACCCAGAGGAGAAGCCAGAAAAGAAUAGCAGAAUUGCAGAAAAGACGGAGACAGAGGCUGAUGCCCCCAGCCCAGCCCCAUCACUGGGGGAGCGGCUAGAGCCAAGGAAGAUUCCUCCAGAGGAUGAAGUGCCAGGGGUGCCUGGAGAGAUGGAGCCCGAGCCUGGGUACCGAGGGGACAGAGAGAAGUCAGCCACAGAGCCAACGCCAGGAGAAGGGGGGGAGGAGAAGCCGUUGGAUGGACAGGAACACAGGGAAAAGCCGGAGGGGGAAGCAGGGGAUUUGGGCAAGAGAGCAGAAGAUGUGAAAGGAGACCGGGAGCUUAGACCUGGGGCCCCUCGAGACGAGCCACGGUCUAAUGGGCGUCGUGAAGAGAAGGCGGAGAAGCCGAGGUUCAUGUUCAAUAUCGCCGAUGGAGGCUUCACAGAGCUUCACACACUGUGGCAGAAUGAGGAGCGGGCAGCCAUCUCCUCGGGAAAGCUCAAUGAGAUCUGGCACCGAAGACAUGACUAUUGGCUUCUGGCUGGGAUUGUCCUCCACGGCUACGCACGGUGGCAGGACAUUCAGAACGAUGCGCAGUUUGCCAUUAUCAAUGAGCCAUUUAAAACUGAAGCCAACAAGGGGAACUUUCUGGAGAUGAAAAAUAAAUUCCUGGCCCGGAGGUUUAAGCUCCUGGAGCAGGCGCUGGUGAUCGAGGAGCAGCUGCGGCGGGCGGCCUACCUGAACCUGUCACAGGAGCCGGCGCACCCCGCCAUGGCCCUCCACGCCCGCUUCGCCGAGGCCGAGUGCCUGGCCGAGAGCCACCAGCACCUCUCCAAGGAGUCGCUGGCAGGGAACAAGCCGGCCAACGCCGUCCUGCACAAGGGUAAGGGCCGCGGCGGCCCCGCGCGGGGGAGGGCCCACAACGCUGCUUCUGAACCAGCUGGAGGAGUUGCUGAGCGACAUGAAGGCGGACGUGACCCGCCUGCCAGCCACGCUGUCCCGAAUACCCCCCAUCGCAGCCCGCCUUCAGAUGUCCGAGCGCAGCAUCCUCAGCCGGCUGGCCAGCAAGGGCACAGAGCCUCACCCCACACCGGCCUUCCCCCCGGGUCCCUACGCCACACCUCCGGGGUACGGGGCGGCCUUCAGCGCCGCACCCGUAGGGGCCCUGGCCGCCGCAGGCGCCAAUUACAGCCAGAUGCCUGCAGGGUCCUUCAUCACAGCCACCACCAAUGGCCCUCCAGUGCUGGUGAAGAAGGAGAAGGAAAUGGUGGGGACAUUGGUGUCAGAGGGUCUGGACCGGAAGGAGCCCCGAGCCGGGGAGGUGAUCUGUAUAGACGACUGACUGGAUCCCAGGCCUGCCCUUCGCCUAGGCCCCGUCCCCGAGGCCGAUCCUCAUCUCAGGCCCUGGGGCCUGCUGUCACCCCUCCUCCUUCCCCAUCCCAUGGGCCACCGCUGGGCUAGAAGCCCCUUUGCCCCUCUAUAACUCCUCAUCAGGAAGGGCCCCUCUCUCUCCACCUCCACGCGCCUUUCCCACCAGGCUUAGAAGACUGCUGGUGUGAAGAGGUCUGGGUGGGUGAUAAUAAGCAGGGUCUUCUGAGUACCUUGAACCCCCACCAUCAAAUAUACACAGCUUCCCAGUAAAUAAAUGUGGGGAGGAAAGAGGUGGAGCCUCCUCUUGAGUCGCUCUUCCUGCAAUAUCACCUCCACCUCCUGCAAAAGUGGGGGAUUAGCUUGCCUAGCCUGUAGGGACCUUUGUGGGGAAGAGAGUGUCAGAAAGAGGAAGGGAGCUUUGUAGAGGGACUGAAAUGAGCACUGGGGGAAGAAGGGAAGAGGUGGGGGGCUGGUGUUACCUUCCCCUCCUUCCACAUGGAGGGUGGGUGGAGCAGUUACAGGGGAGGAGUCGAUUGUUGUUCAGCCUCAGAAUAAAGGCGCCCGCCUGUUCACUGACUCAGUGACCUCCUGUGUACUGGCAUCUUGUGUUGGGAACCUCUCCCUCCCUAGGGACCAAGGGCCACCCCCACAAAAAGUAAUGGUUGUGUGAUACUCCCUCAAGCCAAAGAGGAGCUCCCCAACCUGUUCUAGGAACUCAGGUAACCUAGAAAGGGUGGGAGAAAUAGAGGGCCAGAGAUGGGGCAGACCCCUGCUCCAAGGCUCAGGUUUCUGGGGGGGCUUCUACCUGACCUCCUCAAGGCCUGGAUAUAGACUAAAUAUGAGUGGGUCAGGCCAGAGGCCUAGUCAAGGGACUCCUUUGUGAGACCAGAGCAACAUAGUGGAGGGUACCUUAGGGAGGCAUGGGCACGCCUUCCUCCCUAGAGGGGCCAGGGAGUGGCAGUUUGCAUGGGGAAACCUCCCACUUCCUCUUUGCUGCCCCUUCCCCAGUCUCUUCACACCAUUUCUGGUCUGCCCCAACCCCCUCUUCUGUAUCAGGUUUAUUCGUUGUACAUAUAAAUUAUACUUUCCUUUC